AUGGAUGAUUUCAGUGACUUAAACAAAUCAGCGGACGAGAAUGAGGAGUAUUCCACGGAGAGCGACUUGAAUGAGAAGGAAAAUGACGUAGACAAGGAAGUACUAAACGAUGUGGAGAGGGAGGCGAUAAGUGACGCUGAGAAGGAGACCAUAAGUGACGUGGAGAAGGAGGCGAUGAGUGACGUGGAGAAGGAGGCUAUAAGUGACGUGGAGAAGGAGGCUAUAAGUGACGUGGAGAAGGAGGCUAUAAGUGACGUGGAGAAGGAGGCGAUGAGUGACGUGGAGAAGGAGGCGAUGAGUGACGUGGAGAAGGAGGCUAUAAGUGACGUGGAGAAGGAAGCGAUGAGUGACGUGGAGGAGGCGAUGAGUGAAGUGGACGGGGAAGCAAUAAGUGACGUGGAGGAUGCCUUAAAGGACGCGCAGAAGGAAGCCGCAAGUGACGCAGAAAGGGAAUUGCUGCACGACGUCGAAGAGGAGGACUUACACGACGCAGAGGAGGAAGAUUUACAGGACGCUGGAGAGGACGUCUCGCAGAACGAUGAAGAGGACGUCUUACAGAACGAUGAGGAGGACGUCUUACAAGACGCUGAAGAGGCAGCCUUAGGCAAUGUCCAAGGGGACGACUCAGGCGACGUCAAAAGCGCCAAUGAAGGGGAUGCCGAACAGGUUGCGGCAAAUGUGGGUGUCAUGAAUCCCCCUGUCGUAAGCGGUGGUGUCUUCCAGAGCGGUGGUAUCUUUCAAAGCGACGGCGUCUUCCAAAGUGGCGAUCACCAACACGGUGACUACGAAGGAGGUUCCUACCCGCAUGACGACGACCAGGCUGGGGACGGCCAGGACGGAGCGAGCCACCUCUUUCAAGACACGCAAGAAAGCGGUCCCAGCGAAGACACACAGAAGAAGGAGGAUGAAUACUCUAAAACUCCGAAUGAACCUCCCAGCAACAAAGAACAGUUCAAUGAAAACAUUAACGAAACAAAUAAUCCUCCCAGUAAUGGUGAGGGGAAAAAUUACCACAUCGAUAAUGACUCCCUUGCCUCCAUGGAUCCCAUCCACUUUGACAAGAAAAGAUAUGAACACCUUAUAAUACACCCAUCGAAUCAGAAAAGCAUGAGCUUAUUUGAAGGCAUUAAUAGACAGAUUACGUUCCCUUCUUUGUCUCCUACAGAUUUUGCUAUUCCUGGAAAAGAGGAUGAAAGCACCACUAUGUAUCAUUUCGCUCCUGAAAAACUCGGGUACAAAUACAAUAACGGCUUGAACCCUUCUGAGGGCUACUUGCUGAUUUACCCCCACGUGUCGCAUAACUCCGUUCCCCCAAAAAUUAAGAAAAAAAAGAUGCGCUGUUGUUAG